AGUCGCUAAUGUAUCGUGGGUCGAGUGAGAAGCCGGCUACGACCGAAUUCACUGUAUCUUACAGCAACAGCAGGCUGAAGGUACUUGGGUGUGAGCACUAUCAGCUCAAGGCCAAGGUUCAGGCCCCAUGCUGCAAUGCAUGGGUCGCCUGUCGCUUCUGUCACGACGACCAGUCCGCGCACACAAUGGACAGAUUUUCCGUCAGUCGCAUGAAGUGCAUGGUCUGCACCCUCGAGCAGCCAAUUGCACAGGCAUGCCAAGGCUGCAAUGCCUCCAUGGGCCGCUACUUUUGCUCUACGUGUAAGCUGCUAGACGAUGCGCCCAACAAGGAUAUCUACCACUGCUCCAAGUGUGGCAUCUGCCGGUGUGGCAAGCAGAGCGACUUCUACCACUGCGAUGUGUGCGAUGCAUGCGUGUCAGUGAAGGCUCGCUCGCUGCACAGAUGCAAAGAGCGGCAAUUGCAUUCCAACUGUCCGAUUUGCGGUGACAGCAUGUUUGAGUCGACAACUGCGGUCGUGCAGGCCGACUGCUCGCACCUGAUGCACAAGGACUGUAUGAGCCAAUAUGUGGAGCACUCGUACAGGUGCCCGGUAUGUUGCGAGUCCAUGUGCGACACAAAGGACAUGUUUAAGCAGAUUGACUCUUACAUGACAUGCAGCACAAUGCCUGGCGAGUACACCACCACGAGGUCAAACAUAUUUUGCAAUGACUGCAAGAAGAGGUCGACAGCGGCGUUCCAUUUCCUGUAUCACAAAUGCCUUGUAUGCGAGUCCUACAACACUAACGUGCUUUCGACCUUCGACACUGCUGCUCCAAAGGCUGCUGCUGAGACUGCCGCGACGUGAUUGGGUGGGGUACCGAAAGGCAAAUAUUUUCAUUUCACGGCUGGCCGACAAGUAGGCUUCUUUUCCUCAGCUUCCUUUCUCUCAAGUUUUAUUUUCCACUGUACAAUGGAGACCACCAAUGCUGGAAAUGCUGCUGAAUGCGAAAAUCGCCGCGACGAAUUGAUGACGACCAGCCUGUGGGUCAACAAACUAAAGUCGCAGUACCUCGAGCAGCUCCAAAAGCAUGCCAAGGACAUCCCAACUGAUGUCGACUCGUUUCCCGAAAACAUCCAUACCCUGAUUGACUACUACAGCACAACCUAUGCGAAGAAUCGUGAUACCCUGCUCGCGUACCAGGCGCGCGAGAUAUUCGCCGAGAGGAUUCGUGGUUCAGCGUUCAUCCCACGCACCAACGAGCUAGAAAAGCUUGAGGCACAG